AUGCCAGGAACGCGGCGGCGAGAAUCUGCAUCCACUGCCGCAGAGCAAGGACAUGGAGAAGCACAACCACAAUCGUUGUUGCGCUUCAACGAACCUCUUAGCUGGAAAGCUGGAAAAGCCAUACCUGUCGCUGAACUCCUCUCGCGGCUCCAAAAGCUUGCGAAAGAACUCGAAAGCCUGGAGCCUGAAGGCGAAGUUGAUCCCAAAAGUGUCUACAAAGUCGCACAAGAACUUGCGAGCCCGAACUUGUUGGCGCAUAAGGAUCGAGGCGUCAGAGCAUGGACUGCAUGCUGUGUGGUGGACUUGCUGCGCAUUUGUGUUCCUCACGCGCCGUUUCGAAGUGCGCAAUUGAAAGAUAUCUUCACUACGAUCGUGAAUUUCAUCAUACCGCAGCUUGCAGAUCCAUCCAAUGCCUACAAUGCACAACAUGUCUAUGUGCUCAGCUCACUCUCGGAGGUGCAGAGUAUUGCGCUAAUUACAGACCUCGAGCGGCCUGAGCAGCUCAUCCUCUCUCUCUUUACCACUUGCUUCGAUAUUGUCUCUGGAUCGGCUAAAGCUUCUACGGGAGAAGAGGUGAGCAAAGGUGUUGAAGGUCACCUCACACAGAUACUGGUACAAGUGAUUGAUGAAUGCUCAAGCAUUUCACCCGAGGUCACAGAUGUCAUCAUCGCGCAGUUCAUGAGAGUCGAUCCGAGGACGAACGAGCAAGAUGCAGCAAGGAAGAAGAAUUCAGGAGUACCGGAUGGCUCGCAGGGCAACCUUCUUCAGAAAACAUACCCACGCGCCUACGGAAUGGCCAAAGCAAUCUGUGGCUCCGUGCCAGAGAAGAUGACGACUUUCAUAAGUCAAUACUUCAACAACAUAAUUGUGGAUGCAUCUGAACCCGCCCAGACAAACAGUCAUGUAGGAAAAGGACAUGGCAGUCGCGGCAGUAUUAGCGACGCUGACGACGAUGGGAAGGAUCUCAAAGAGCUUAGCAAGGCACAUCGACUGAUCAGAGAAUUGUGGAGGGCUUGCCCAGAUGUUCUGCAGCAUGUCAUUCCACAGGUCGAAGCAGAAUUAUCCGCCGAAUCCGCAUCGCUGCGACUGGUUGCUACAGAAACUUUAGGGGACGUUGCUGCUGGGAUAGGUGUUGCAGGUUGUCCUCCACCCGUCCACAUUGAUCCUGCGGCAUAUCCAUCAGUGGACCGUUCCAACCCGACGCCGAGUACUCUCCAGAUAAAUUUGCUUCAAGCUCCGAUAUCCCCUAAACCAUUCGCACAAGUCCAUGCUAGUGCUUACGAGAGUUUUCUGAGCCGAAAGCUAGACAGAUCUCCGUCUGUUCGAGCUGCAUGGGCUACAAGUGCAGGCCGCAUCUUGCUGACCUCUGCUGGUGGCAUUGGCUUUGCGGAAGGGGAGGAGCGGAAACUGAAGGACGGACUGGCACAGCUGCUCGCAGACGCGGAUGAGAAGGUCAGACUAGCAGCCAUCAAAGUUAUCGGUGUUUUCGGGUUUAUGGACGUGAUCGACAAGCUCGCCACACAUGGCUCAGUAUCAAGUCCAGGUUCAGUAUUGGCCACACUGUCAGAUCGAGUACGCGAUAGAAAACCUUCCGUAAGAGAAGAAGCAAUGCAGGUUCUUGGUCGAAUUUGGGCUGUGGCUGCCGGCGAGAUCGAAAACGGCAGUGAAGAGGUUACCGCUAUGCUGGGAGAUGUACCAAGCAAGCUUCUAGACACUUAUUACGUGAAUGAGCCAGAGGUGCAUGUUUUGCUUGAUCAUAUACUAUUCGAAUACCUGCUACCACUCAACUAUCCCCCGAUCAAAGGGAAAUCCUCGAAGUCUGACAGUCAAAAGCAAGCUUCGAAGGGAAAGUUGGACCCACUUACAGAAGAGGACGGCGCUGAUGUCGACUUGAUUCGUGUUCGCCGUAUCCUAACCAUACUUAAUGGACUUGAUGAUAGGGCAAAGAGGGUCUUCUUCGGUAUGCAAAAUAGACAGACACAGCUCUCACGUGUCAUGGUACAGUACCUGAAAGCUUGCGAAAAUUACAACGGUGGUGUUUUCGAGAAGAACGAGGCUGAAGUGCAAAAGGAGCUAAGCAAAUGGAUUGAAGCGAUAUCCAAAACUCUGCCUGAACCAGCGCGCGUUGCUGCUGAUCUGCGAAAAUUUGCUAAAAUGCAUGAUCGAAGGAACUAUCAGCUCAUUCGAUUUUGUUUGAACCACGAAAGCGAUUAUAGAACUGUCGUCAAAGCUAUCAAGGAGCUUACCAAAAGAAUCCAGACUCGGGGCACGAAUAGUCCGUCACUCGAUACUAUGACCCCUCUCCUCUACCGUUGCAGUCUCCUGAUAUACAACCGAAGUCACGUCCCCGGCAUUAUGAGAAUAUCUAGAAGCGACGAAAAAGGGUUGGCUGACGCCGCUCAUGAGAUGCUCAAGGAAAUUUCAACGCGCACACCUGAAGUUCUGAGGACACAUGUGCAGGAGCUUUGCAAAGACCUUGAAUCUACUGCACCGGAUGACUCAAACCCAGAAGAACCCUCAGCUGCGGACAUGCUGAAAGCAUGUGCUGAGUUUGCCCGCAGAUUUCCUGCCGAAGUACCGCGGGAUCGCAAGUUCAUGGUUGCAAUGACGAAUUACGCACUUUUCUCGCGAAGUCCCAGAGCUGCGAAACAUGCCGUUUCUAUCAUUAUGGCAGGGGCCGAGAAGAAAGAGAUGUAUGCAAAAGAAUUGAUUCAGAAGGCUACGACUAGUUGCACACAUUCAUCACCACAUUUCCUGGCACGACUGGCCACCAUCUCUCAGAUCAACCUGCUCGCGCCUAAAGCUGCGGACGCUGAGUCUGAUACCAUCAUCCGAAUCACGAUGCAAGAGACACUCUUGCACAAUCGACAACCGGCUCUAGAUCUGGAUUCUUACACCUGGUCUACCUCUCAGGACGAAGAAACCCGAGCCAAAGAAUUGGCACUUAAAUGUCUAGUCAACUUUCUUCGCUCGCAUCUCGAUGAUGAAAGCUCCUUCAUGGAAUCCGCAACUCCGAUCUACGAAAUGCUCACCCGCCUCAUCGAACAGGAGGGGGAGCUGAGCGAUCUCAAAGACACACCCGCAUCUCAAAAGUCUUACCUCAGGUUAACAGCGUCGCGCUUCCUCCUGAAACUUUGCAGCAAAGGACGUGCUUGUGAGGAUCUUGUCACACCGCAUAUGUUCAAUGCUGUUGGCCUCGUGGCACAAGACCGUUUGCCAGGAGUUCGAGCCGGUUUCAUUACGCAGCUGAAGAAAUACCUGGCCCUCGAGCGAUUAAAUUACCGCUGGUACACUGUACUCUUCUUGACUGCGUUUGAGCCGGAGAGGUCGCUCAAAAAUGAUACGAUUGCUUGGCUUAAAUCCCGCGGUCAGGCGCUUGCCAGGAAACAACAAGCUCAAUCUCUGUCCAAGACCGGACAUCAGAACAUAAUGGAACUGCUCUUUGCGCGCCUUCUUUCACUACUGGCCCACCACCCAGACUUCCCAGAAAAGGGAUCCGAGACCUUUGACAGCGAAUUUGUGGACUUUGCGCAAUAUAUCAUUUUCUACUUGACCGCUGUCGGAAACGAAGAUAACCUCAGUUUAAUCUUUCAUGUUGCUCAGCGGGUCAAGCAAACCCAAGAUGCUGUAACAGGGACACCUGAAGCGAGCGAACGCCUUUAUGUGCUGUCGGAUCUAGCUCAAGCCACUAUACGCCACUAUGCAGAUUUCUUAUCGCAUCAGAAAGGUCAUUCGGCGAACGCCAACAUCCUGCAGACAUGGCCCGGGAAGUUGAGGUUGCCUCUUGGCCUGUUUGCAGCUUUACCAAACCAUGAUGCCGCGCAACAAAUUGCUGACAGGAAUUACUUACCUGAGGAGGUCGCCGAGGACUUGGAGAGGAUCAUAAAAGCUACAUUGAAGCCCAACAAGUCUAGCACAUCAUUGAAACAUAGCGAGAAGAAGCGCAAGAGUGAAACGAAGGAAGCGGCCGCUGAUGAGAGCGAGGAGGAGGACGAGAGCAAGCGAGCCAAGAGGGCGAAAAAGACAGCGUUGCCUGUCAGAAAGGCCUCGAAAAGUGGCACGUCGAAAGCAAAGACGCCGAGGCCCAACAAGAAGAGAAAAAGCGAUGAUGAUGUGCCGAGUAGUGAACAGCCGGCGAGGAAGAGCUCAAGGAAGAGCGGUGCUCAAGCUACCAAUUACGCAGAACGCGAUAGCGAGGACGAUGACAAAGAGAUGGAGAGGUGGGAGAAGCUUUCCGAGGAAAAGGCUGAAAAGGCGAGGGCGAAGGAGGCAGAAGAAGAGAGCGAGGGCAAAGAGGAGGGUGCUGGUAAAGCCGUUGACGAAGAAGGUGAGCCAGAGGCGCAGACGAAUGGUCAUAAUGAUGAUAGCGAAAAAGAGAACGAUGAAAGCAAGGACGUCGAUGAUGGUAUGAAUGACGGCACGGACGAAGAUGACGCCAACUCAUCUCGAGACGUCUCCCCAACACCACUUCGCCCGCAGCUCAAUGGCUCCUCCAGCAAGACCCGCAGCACGACUAGAGUCAGUGGCGACGCCAAGUCAGUCACUAUGAGCAAUACCACCGUUGGGAAGCCGACCCAGGCCAAGAAGAAAGCCUUGCCGCUGAAGAAGAUCCCGCCGAAUGGAAAUAUGAGAGUCACGAGACGGACAAAGGCUGGAACUUGA